UGCGCCGUGCACUCAUGUCGGCUCCAGUCGGCACAUGUUUUUAACAAUGUUUAAUAUGUUUUGAUAUUUGUGACCAUUUAACCCUGUUUGUGACUGUGUGGUGAAGACAAAUGUGCGCGCAAAUUAAGAGCAAAAUUCCUAGCACGUUCAGGCUAAGUUUAUUACCGUUUACAACUGCAGCCUAGCCUGGGCCUAUUGAAAAUUUCAAGGCGUUUUGGUUUGACAUCUUGACAGCUCCCCGGGUGGAAGGAUGAAGACGACACACUUCACGCACCACCAAGCCAAAGGCCUUCUCCACAACAAAUUUGUCAUCAUCAUGGGAGGUUCCAACUUGCGUACCAUGUAUAAAGACCUUGUGCUGAUAUUGCAGAAGAACAAACACCUGACCUACUCUCAACUGAAGACCAAGGGGGAGGCCACGUUUGAGAAUGACACAUUACUGGAAGGAGGCAGAUUGGCCCAAAUGACCAACGGGACGGAGUACAGGGAGGUGCGGCAGUACACCUCGGACCACCACCUCAUUCGCUUUUACUUCAUAACCCGCGUCUACUCUGAUCACAUGAAGAAAAUUCUGGAAGAGCUCGAAAAUGGGCUCAAGCCAGACCUGGUCAUCGUUAACUCUUGUGUGUGGGACAUCUCCAGAUAUGGACGGCAGUGGGAGAGAGACUACCUACAGAACCUGACCACGUUUUUCAAAAGCCUGAGGAGCGUCCUUCCAGAAGAGGUUCUGAUCGUCUGGACUAUGGCAAUGCCACUGAGCGAAAAGAUUAUCGGUGGCUUUCUGGUACCAGAGAUUGCAGAGUUUGGCCCCUCGCUGCGGAUUGAUGUUGUGGAGGCCAACUUCUGGAGUGCCGUGUUGGCCAGCAAGUAUGGUCUGGACGUGCUGGAUAUGCACUUCCACUUCCGCUUCAGUCUUCAGCAUCAAGCCAAGGACGGGGUGCACUGGAACGCCAUAGCCCACCGCCGCAUCACCUGCCUGCUGCUGGCCCACGUCGCCCAAGCCUGGGGCGUCGAGCUGCUCCCAUCGCAGCCACUGCCACAACCACUCAUGCAGAUACAGACAGGUCAGAAUCAUCACAGCUUUUUUGGGCAACGCACACCAAUGAAUUGGAAUUGCCAGUACUCAGGAAAAGAACAAAGGCCAGCAUUAACCGUCACAGUCAAUGGGUUGAGACGUAACCACCCCAAGCCCUACCUCCUGGCCAGCACUAUCUCUGAAGGCAACCUGCUCUAUCUGAAAUGA